CUUUGAUCAUACAUGGGCUCGCAAAGCAUCGAAAUUUUUAAGGCCCUUGUCACACGCACCACACACGUUAAAGUGUUUGAUACAAAAGAGGGAAAUUGUGGAGAAAGCGAGAUGACGAGGGGAAAGCAGAAGAUCGAGGCUCAAAGAAAGAACGCAGAGAAGAAUCAGAAGGCCAAAGGGUCGCAGCUCGAAGCCCGUGCCGUUGGCCUCAAAGUCAUCUGCCCCAUUUGUAAAGCUCAGCUUGCAAACCAGAACCAGCUUGCUGAUCAUUAUGGCUCAAAGCAUCCAAAGGAAAAGCCUCCAAGCAACUCAGGGUAGCAGCUUUGACUCCUGUAGUAUCUGCUCUUUCUGUACUAGUGCCUUCAGAAAAAUGUAAUUUGACUGUCAAACGUAUGGAUGGACCGAAAGAAAGUCCAAUGUUCUGUGUUUAUAAGAAUGUAACUUUAUGUUUUGUCUCCUAUAUUCUUUGGACCACCCAGAGGAAGCAUGUUAGAAACACAUCAAUAAAAUUACUCUUUCCUUGGUUUGUAUCAA